AGCGGACGGCGGCCACGGGGGCGGGGUCAGAACUCGGGCGGCGGAUCCCAACGCUGGUCUUUGGAGCCCGCCGCCGAGCAGCGCCCCGGCGGGGCCGAGCAGGAGCGGCACCAUGGAUUCCUUCAAGGUGGUGCUAGAGGGGCCAGCACCUUGGGGCUUCCGGCUGCAGGGGGGCAAGGACUUCAAUGUGCCCCUCUCCAUCUCCCGGCUCACUCCUGGAGGUAAAGCUGCGCAGGCCGGCGUGGCCGUGGGCGACUGGGUGCUGAGUAUCGAUGGCGAGAAUGCAGGGGGCCUCACACACAUCGAAGCCCAGAACAAGAUCCGUGCCUGCGGGGAGCGCCUCAGCCUGGGUCUCAGCAGGGCCCAGCCGCCUCAGAGCAAACCGCAGAAGGCCCUGGCCCCCGCCGCGGACCCCCCGCGGUACACCUUUGCACCCAGCGCCUCCCUCAACAAGACGGCCCGGCCCUUCGGGGCCCCCCAGCCUGCUGACAGCGCCCCGCAGCAGAAUGGACAGCCGCUCCGACCGCUGGUCCCAGACGCCAGCAAGCAGCGGCUGAUGGAGGACACGGAGGACUGGCGGCCAAGGCCUGGGACAGGCCAGUCCCGUUCCUUCCGCAUUCUCGCCCACCUCACGGGCACCGAGUUCAUGCAAGACCCGGAUGAGGAGCAUCUGAAGAAAUCAAGAUCUUACAGCCAGGUGCCCAGGACAGAAGCCCCAGCCCCAGCUUCAGCUACACCCCAGGAGCCCUGGCCUGGCCCUACCACCCCCAGCCCCACCAGCCGCCCGCCCUGGGCUGUGGACCCUGCGUUCGCUGAGCGCUACGCCCCGGACAAGACCAGCACGGUGCUGACCCGGCACACCCAGCCAGCCACACCCACGCCCAUGCAGAACCGCACCUCCAUUGUGCAGGCUGCCGCUGGAGGGGGCCCCGGAGGCGGCGGUGGCAGCAAUGGCAAGACUCCCGUGUGCCACCAGUGCCACAAGGUCAUCCGGGGCCGCUACCUGGUGGCGCUGGGCCACGCGUACCACCCCGAGGAGUUUGUGUGCAGUCAGUGUGGGAAGGUCCUGGAAGAGGGUGGCUUCUUCGAGGAAAAGGGCGCCAUCUUCUGCCCACCCUGCUAUGACGUGCGCUAUGCACCCAGCUGUGCCAAAUGCAAGAAGAAGAUCACUGGCGAGAUCAUGCACGCCCUGAAGAUGACCUGGCACGUGCAUUGCUUCACCUGUGCGGCCUGCAAGACACCCAUUCGGAACAGGGCCUUCUAUAUGGAGGAGGGGGCCCCCUACUGCGAGCGAGACUAUGAGAAGAUGUUUGGCACAAAAUGCCGAGGCUGUGACUUCAAGAUCGAUGCCGGGGACCGCUUCCUGGAGGCGCUGGGCUUCAGCUGGCACGAUACAUGCUUCGUGUGCGCGAUAUGUCAGAUCAACCUGGAAGGAAAGACUUUCUACUCCAAGAAGGACAAGCCCCUUUGCAAGAGCCACGCCUUCUCCCACGUGUGAGCCCCUCCCACCCACUGCUGCCCACUCCGCCCUGUCCAGCUGGAGGGGUUGCUGGUUCUGGAGUCAUCGCCCCAGAUUUCUGGGUAGGGCCAGCAAAAGUUGCCCAACCCCGACUCUUGGCCUGAGCCUGCGGUUCCCUGAGCCCCUGCCCACCCACUUCACCUCCCCCCACUCCCUCCACCACCUCCGCACACUGGUGCUGGCCACACCGGCCCCUCUUCACGUCCAGUGCCACAAUAAACCUGUAUGCAGCUG